AUGACUGCCCCCAUCCAUCGACUGCGGCAACGAACCCUCGAGUCACUUUGGGGACGCGGUGGCACAAAACCACAUAUGGCGGCUUCCAUGGUUAGUCGCGAGGACCGCUACAUCAGACUUCCGUGGUCGAGGGAAAAUCAAUGCACUGAAAAGCCGGCUCAGCUGCGCGGCAACUGGGACGUUAUUGUUGCCAUUCUCUCGGCGGACACUUCAAAAAACAUGGAGAAUUUUCGAGAUUUGCUCAAAAGACUUUAUUUUUAUGGCUCGUCCAGAUUUAUCUCGUGUCUUCCUUGCUUUGGGACGCUCUGUCUUGUGAUUGACUCCAUCAUGACCCCGUCGGAACGUCUCGCCUUCUUUCAUGUGACGCUGCCGUGGAUGAAGCGCCGCGUCAUUGACGGUCCGGUGGUCCUUCCGCGUGAUUUACGCGCCCUUUCACAAGGAGAGAGCAGGCGUUUGAUCCUCACACAUGAGGAAGCCGCAACAUUAUUGACGUGUGGCUUCUUUUCCCUCUUUCCUGGCCGCUGCUCCAAUUCCCGCUCCAAGAGUAAGUCUUCCGAAACAACUUCGUCGUUUAAUUUUGCUGAUUUGUUUUCUCUUGCACCUCCUGGACGUAUUGAGAGUCAGGUUGCUAAAAUACGAUGUCUGCUACAGUACUUUAUUUACUGUUCUCAUCACGCAGAUGCGGUGGAGACUUGUUUAGAGUUUUAUCGUGUUAGUUUUUUGUCUUUUCCGGAUUUGGGUAAAAGUUUAAAUCCGAUGCAGAGUGUAACGAUGCUUGAAGAAGGACUUAUUGAGGACAACUACGGGAGUCUUCAGGUUGAUUUUGCCAACAAAUAUGUAGGCGGAGGCGUUUUAAGAACAGGAUGUGUUCAAGAAGAGAUUCGAUUUAUGAUGUGUCCAGAGCUUCUUCUCUCGUGUCUUUUCACUGAGCCACUUCUGGAUAAUGAGGUGCUGUUUAUGAGCGGUGCUGGGCAGUACAGUGUUUCAGUUGGAUACGCCAGUGGCUUUCGUUUCAUCUGCGGCCAUUCACCACACUUUGCCAAAUUGGGUGCGGCUACGUCCACACCACGGGAAAUAUGGGUGGAAUUGGUGCCAACCUCACUGCGCAAUGAAAAAGACUGCACUGCCGUCAUGCUACGAAACUCUUGUGUAGUUGCUAUGGAUGCGAUCAACUAUUGCGGUUGUGAGGAAAAACAGUAUCUGGCGUCUUCCAUAAUUCGCGAAACACGAAAAGCAUUUGCCGCAUUUAAAGGGACACCUGACAGUAUCCUGACAUCUGUUCAUUCUGGCCCCGUGGCAACGGGCAAUUGGGGGUGUGGUGCCUUCUCUGGCGAUCGUGAACUAAAAACGAUGAUUCAGUGGUGCGCGGCAUCUGAGGCCAAACGACCACUCAUCUACUCCAGUAUCAAUGACAGCGAUCUAUGUUAUCGCUUUGGGCUUGUCUAUACAAAACUGCAAGAAGAAGAGUGGACUGUCGGUGAUGUAUUCACGGCUCUGCUUCUCUUUUCUCAACGGUAUACCACCAACCCAACGUCCUUGGAAGAAGGCAGCCUCUUUCAGUACAUCCUUUCCUUGACGAACCCCCGGUGUGCUUCUUCGCACUCCGGCACAGAAUUCGAGUAG